AGCAGACCACUACAACAGAUUGACCACCGAUACUCCGUGACUAUUCCUUCAUCUCACCUCACGCCACCGGAAAAGAGGAGAGAGAAGCAAUAAUGUCCCUCACAACCCCCCUCCGCCGCAGCGCGGUCACAACAACCACCAUCCGAACACCCACCACCUUCAUCUGCUCACAAUGCCGCCAUGCCACCCUCCUCCGGCGCCCCAAGCGGCCCUACACCUUCACUCAACUCGUCACCCUCUCCGACGGCAGCACUUACACGCAACGCACCACCUCCCCGCUCCCCGUCUACCGCUCCACCCGCGACACCCGUAACUCCUUGCUGUGGAACCCAUCCAGCCAUAAACUCAUGAACGUCGAGGAGGACGAGGCCGGACGGCUGGCUGCGUUCCGCGCGAAGUUCGGCCGCAGCUGGGAUGCUAAUACGCCGACUGAGGAGGAGGUGAAGAAGAAGGAGGACGAUGUGAAGGUUCAUACUGAGGCGGCGGCGGCGCAAGCGGCCGGGGAGCAAACGUUGGAAAAGAAUAAUGAGGCUGCGGAGGUUGAGAAGGCACGGUUAAUGGCGGAGCAGGCCAAGGAGGACCAGGAGGAGGAGGAUAAUUUGUUGGAUUUGAUUAGUUCGUUUGGGCAGGAGGAGGAAGCUGGGAACAAGAAAUGAGUGUGAGCGUGGGGAAGUUCGGUUUACGGUUGUGAGCAAUUGUACGAUAUUCGAGGUUGCGAACAAUCGACUUUCAUACCCUGAUUGGUUUUAUGAGGUUGGGAUUUGUGGGUUUUAUUGUUUAAAUAUUUGUUCGGCUGUCAUGUACAUGUAUACGUUCUAACCUUGAGAAAUUCAACCACAUCGUUGAAUUGACACAAGCGUCCAUAGUCUAGACCCGAGUUCUCGAUAUGACCAUCAAGACAUUACUCAGUAGUUGAACCAUCAUCAUCAGUUUCUAACAUUGAAACACCGAGCCGUGCAUGUAAUUGACAAUCAUUCGCACGAUUGAGGUAUAAAACAAAGUAACGGAUCUUUACAUAAAACAACGCAACGCUAAGCUCCCUCGCUGGCCGUGAUCGCCUCGGCACUUGCAGUCGUUUCAGCAGCAGGUUCGUUACUAGGAGCUUGUGGU